ACGCCUCUGGAGUGAAUGGAGCACGCCGCGCGUAAAGUCCGACCUGCAGCGGAUCCAAACUUUAAUUUAAACUUUAUUUCGAGUAUUUAUUCGACAAUAUUGGUUCGUUCUUAGUCGAAUAAAUGCAGCCAUGACGCGUGAGGAAGAUCUCAUCCGGAUUGCAAAAAAACUGGACAAGAUGGUGUCUAGAAAUAACACGGAGGGCGCCAUGGACCUGCUGAAGGAACUGAAAGGUUUUAAUAUGACACUAAAACUUCUGCAGGAAACUAGGAUAGGCAUGUCUGUGAAUGGUAUCAGGAAGCACUGCACAGAUGAGGAAGUCAUUGCCUUGGCAAAAGUCCUCAUUAAAGACUGGAAGAGACUUCUGGACUCUGAGAAACCCUCUGAAAGGAACAACGGUUUGGACUCCAGCAAAACAACGGUGUCUCCAAACAGCUCCCCUCCUGAGACAAAAGGCAGCCACAGGAGACUGGAUGUCAAACCUGAACAUGACUCAGAUCCUGACAAAAAACACUCAGAUAAAAACAGAAAAGAAAAACAUAAUGACGAGCACAAAAACAAAAAGACACACGUAGAUGACCUCUGGGAUGAAAAGCACCAGGAGGAGCCCCAGCAUGACAAACAGCCCAAAGAAAUCAGAAAAGAGAAGCAUUUAGAAGAAUCCAAACAACAAAGACCUGCAGAGGAUGCCCAACUGCAGAUAGAUAACAAGAAACAGAAGCAUGUGCAAGACCUGCAGAUUGAGAAACUCAAGCCAGAACCAAGGAAAGAAAGGCCGUUAGAAGAACCAAAAAAGAUGAGACACGUGGAAGAAGUCAAAAAAGACAAACGCCCAGAGGAGCCCAGAAAGCACAGCUACACAGAUGACAUGAAGAAGUACAAACACAGAGAAGACAGCAGACGUGAGAGGCCAAUAAACACACUGCAACGAGAGAGGCUGCCGAGUGAGAAGCCUGCUGACGCUCACAGACCAAUAUUUGAAAGGAGAGGAGUGUUGGACAGCACUAUUCUGUAUCCCACCCGGUUCCCCUCUCCUCCUCGACCUGCUCGGCCUCCUCCCCCGACCAAACGCCUCUCUGUGGACAUGAAAAAAGACAGGAAGGACGGUAAAGACUCUUCCUCCCAACAUCCUCGUCCUCAUGCACCUCGACCCGCCUCUCCUCCGGCUAAGCGACCUUUACAGGAAGUGAAGAAAGAGAGGAAAGUUCCGCCGGAACCAAAUGCUCCAAUUCCUCCUCUUCCUCUGCAUCUUCAUCCGCCUCCACCAAGAAAAGAGCCCCCUGAUCCCAACGCUCCUCUUCCUCCACUUCCUUUUCACCUUCACCCCCCGCCUCCCCCGAAGCGUCCCUCACAGGACGGGAAAAGGGACAGCAGGAAGGAGUGUUCCGACUCUAAACCUCCUUCACAGAAGAAGACGUCAGAUCAUGUGAAGAAAGACAGGAAAGACUCAUCGGAUAGCAAAGUGCCUAAAAAACACUCAGAUGAAGCCAAGAGAGACAGGAAAGAUUCAUGUGACUCUAAACCGCCGCAUCCCAAAAAGCCCAGUGUGGAUAUCAAAAAAGAAAAACACAGAAAGGACUCCUGCGACUUGAAGCCUGGCCAGCCUGUGAAACGUCACUCAACUGACUCCAAACCUGACAGGUGGGACUGGCGGGAAUCCACUGAUUCAAAGAAAACUAGCUCGCCACCAGCAAAGAAGCUAUCAGCUGAAAGGAGAGAGUCUCACGGCUCCAAGACCUCUCAUCCUGGACCUCCACAGCGGAAGCCCUCUACUGACAGCAUUGAAAGAAAGGGCAAAGUUGAUGCCCCUAAAACCCCCACAACCCCGACCAGCCCCAUGUCACCCAGCUUCAGUUCUGCCGGGGGUCCACUGCCUCCUCAUCUCGCAACCGGAGACUCUGUCAGAGACAAGUGCAUUGAGAUGCUGGCAGCUGCCCUGCGCACAGACAAUGACUACAAAGAUUUUGGAACUAACUGUGACAGCAUGGCGGCAGAGAUUGAAGAUCAUAUCUACCAGGACAUAAAGGCCACUGAUAUGAAAUACAAAAACAGAGUCCGCAGCCGCAUCAGCAACUUAAAGGACCCAAAAAACCCUGGGCUUCGCAGAAAUGUUCUCGCAGGAAGCAUUGAAUUAAGCCGCAUCGCCACCAUGUCUUCUGAGGAAAUGGCCAGUGACGAGCUGAAACAGCUGAGGAACGUUCUCACCCAGGAGGCCAUCAGGGAACACCAAAUGGCCAAAACUGGUGGCACCACCACUGACCUGCUGCAGUGCGGCAAGUGCAAGAAGAAGAACUGCACCUACAACCAGGUGCAGACACGCAGUGCUGAUGAGCCAAUGACCACAUUUGUUCUGUGUAAUGAGUGUGGAAACCGCUGGAAGUUCUGCUGAUGCCUUCCAGGUGAAACUACGAUUUAUUUUCCUGAGCAUAUUGAACUGCAUAUUUUCUGUAAUGGGAGGGAGUUUAUAAAUUAUUGCAGCUUGUGAUUUAAACAGAUCAGUAGGGUUCUUAUAAUUUGUACUUGAUAUUUUGAGAUUUUUAAGCAUGUGCUAAUAAUCCGGGUUUGCUUUUUGUGGAAUUAAACACUGAGCAUGAAUGCCAGUUUGAUGACUGAACAAUGAGUGAUGAUCACGGCGCUGCCAUGAUCGAAAAACUACCCAGUUAAUAUGCUGUGUCAUAUUACAGCUGUUCACUUUGUAUAUAUCUAAUUCUAAUAAAACUGCAUAAAUCAUCAGUAUGAUGGCUUUUUAAACUCACAUAUAAUAAAAGAUUUUGACAAUCA